CUGAUCUAUUCCUUUACUUUAUACACAGGUCCCCGCCCCUCACAAUGCUCCUCCUCUGCGCUUCCAAAUUCUCUGCCUCUGCCCCUUCAGCUUGCAAAGACAUCACCGUCUUCUUGAGCAGUGACUCAGCUUCUGUGCCAAAGGUGCCAACUAGCAGCUCAGAAGUGAAGACCCACACAAGUAGCCACACGGUGCCAGCCGUUAAGAAAGCAACUGCCUCUCUGGAAUCGUUCUUCCAGAGAGCUGCAGAAAAGCAGAGAGUCAUCAAAGAAGCUUCGCUUUCACCUCUAACAGCUACCCCAACCACCACAGGAAGUUCACCUUCCAAGCCCUCCGUAGGUUUCAAAAGCAGUCGAACUUUAGGAACUGAGUCCUUCUUUAAGCAGAAGAGUCAGCUUUUAAAGCAGAAACAGCUUAUCAAUUCUGCAGCUCCUGACCACCCACAAGAUCCCCAGUCCAGUUCUGAAGGGCUGCCAAACCAUUUUCCAGCAGAGUGUUCAGGCGAUACCUCUGGUGUUUGCAAAGGAGCCUUGAUGCCAGAAUCUUCCAAAGCAGCCCCAAACAGCCCAGAUAUGCUUGUUUUCUCACCUUCCAAGUUGCCAGAGGUGACCCCAAAGGCAAUUGCUACCCCUAGUUUUGUAGCUGCAGAGGAUCAGGUCCCCUGUGAGAAGUGUGGCUCCUCCGUACUGGUGUGGGAGAUGCCCGAACACAUGGACUACCAUUUUGCAUUAGAAUUGCAAAAGUCCUUUUUGCAGUCUCAUUCCUCAAGAUGCCAGGUUGCUCCUGUUCUGUCUCCUCAAAGCAAAAGAAAUCCCAAGAGUCCCAUGGCCUCCAGCAAUAAACGCACCAGGCUUGAGGGCAUGCAGACACUGGAAUCAUUUUUUAAGCCAUUAGCACAUUAGUGCUGCCCUCAGGAUUGCUGUAGAGUUUUUAUAUUUUAUAACAUCAGGGAGAUGAGGCUAUGUUCAUUUCUCAAGGAAAUCUCUAUCUAUGAAUUUUUUAAUACAAAAAAAAAAAGGCUGGGACAUGGCUUAGUGGUAGAGUG